AUGCCUUCUGUAACACUAAACUGCUUGGUUUUUGGAGAUGAUCCUUAUAUAAAAAAUUUCUCGAUUGAAAUUAACACUAGUAAGAAUGUUAAUACUCUUAAGAAAGCUAUCAAUGAUGACCUUAAAAGUUGCGUGGCGACAAAGGAACUUAAACUGUUCAAAGUCUAUAUUCUUCAUGGAAAAACCAGAGACGAGAAUGUCGUUUCGAUACUUAAACUUGGUGAUUUUAGCAUUGGUCUGGAAAUGGAUAACUUACAAAAAAUUAUGCUCAGUAAAAAAAGAAAAGCUUUGGAAGAAGUGAAGAAGACAUGGAAGGUCAACAGCACAUUACGAGAAACUGACUGGCCUAAUCAUUAUUUUGUGGAUCCAGUAGCAGAAGGAAAACAACGACAAGAACAGGAUUCACUUUUUGAGAAAAUUGAAAAACGUUCUUUCAUAAUGUUAUAUGGAACACGGGCAUCUGGAAAGUCUACACGCGCAAUGAGAACAAUAUCGGUAUUGGAAAAUAGUGGAUAUGUGUGUAACUACGUGACUUUUGAGCAUAUUGUCAAAGAUGUCGAAGGCUUCUGGAAUUCACUUUGCACAAAUAUCUCUCUUUAUAAACGUUCUAGUGGAUACUUGGAUCCUUUCGAUAGAAUAUACCAAAUGGAUGACGGCCUUCUAUCCGAUUUCCUGUCAACUCUUCGCGCCAUCAGGAAUAAUAUUGAAUCCUACGUUAUUCAGGCCAUCGUUGUAAUUGGUACAUUCAGCAUCCUGCAUCUAGACUCUAGAACUUCAAACACAGAUUUAACUUCACCCUUCAACAUUAAGGACUCGAUCCGUAAUCCAAAUUUUGACCUGGAACAAGUACAAGAGCAUGCGGGCCUUGUUUCUAUUUGUGGACGUGCAAUUGAAGAUAAUCUGCUCAGAAAGCUAAAUAAACGACUCUUAACCUAUAAAACUUGGGAAUGCUACAAAGUCAGUUCUUUAAUGGAUGCGAUGGUCGAUUACCAAACAUUCCGAAAUUUGGUCAAUUCUCUCAAGGGUCCUGAAAAUAAGGAUGCGUUGAAUUUUUUUCGGAAUAAUUUUCUAGUAGAUUUUGGACAUGAAGUAAAAGUCACUAUUGACAUAAAUAGUGCAGAAAGCCUUGCUUCUGAAGGGGUUCUGGUACCUGCUGAAGAGGCUGGAGCAUUCAAACUUUCUUCUCCUUUGAUUCGCUGGUUGAUCCUUCAGCGUGUAAUCCCCAUUGUCUUUCCAUCCUGCCCGAGGAACGAUGUCCCUUUCUUCAAAGAUUCUAAAGUAUUAGAUACUUUAGUUACCUUAAAGCUUGCUACUAAAUCACUUGACAAGGAUAUUAUUAGUCUUGCGCGUAUUCGUUCAUACAAGAUUGCUAAAGUGUGGGUCAAUGGUGAAUCAAAUCAACCCGUUCCUAGAGAAAGUGUUUACGACGCAGAACUAUGCCGAGUCUUGCGGAAUUGGCCAUGCCCAUCAAUGUUUCAGAUUACAGGUCAAUGGCAUCUUGUAUACAAUAAAAGUAGUAAACGUCAACAUAGAUAUAGCGACAUAGUCAUAGAUACACCUUAUGGCCAAAAAAUCGUUCUUGAACUCUUAGCGACGGCAAGUAAUGACGAUCUUAUUGAACAUUUUCAACGGGCUCUUGAAUAUGCAAAUCUACUUUCUGCGGAUGAAACUUGGAUUGUUCAUUUAACUUGUGAAGAUGAAUAUGUUAAACGACCUCUGUGGCCAUCUGAUUCUCAAUUAAAGAUGAAGCUUCAUGUUGCUCACUUUUACCAUAAUUUUUUAUUUACGAAUAUUAAUUUAAUCGCAGGCUGGUGGAAUAUACGUAAAAACAAAAUGUCUACUUAUAGGCAUUCUGCUGAAAUAUGA